AUGGCGGGAGAUAUUUUUCGCAUAAUGAUAGCAACUGAUAAUCAUUUAGGCUAUUAUGAGCGUGAUCAAGUGCGUAAAGAUGACUCAUUUAGAGCUGUAGAAGAAGUCCUAUCAAAGUCACUUUCAGAAAAUGUUGAUUUUUUAUUAUUAGGUGGCGAUUUAUUCCAUGAGCAUAAUCCUACAAAAUAUACAUUAAAUCGUACAUUUAGGCUAUUUGCAGAUUAUGUUGUAGGCCAAAGACCAUUAAAUUUCGAAACUUUAUCAACUUAUACAAAUCUUAAUUACCUGAACCCUUCAAUUGAUAUAAAAUUGCCUGUCUUCAUUGUUCAUGGCAACCAUGACGAUCCCUCUAUGGAUACUCAUAUUUCAGCUGUAAAUCUUAUGCAAAAUGCCCACUAUGUGAAUUAUAUUUAUGCUGAGCAAACAGAAGAAACAAUUCAAAUUAAACCGAUUAUCCUCAAAAAAGGCACAACUUUAUUAGCAAUCUAUGGAUUAGGACAUUUAAAAGAUGAGAAACUUAAUAGGUAUUUCAAAGAAGAUGCAGUAAAAUUUUUACCUCCUCCUGAUGCUAAUAAAUAUUUUCAGGUAAAAAUUUUUUGUUUUUAAUUUAUUUUUAAUGUAAAAAAUAUAGAAGUUUAUUAUAUUUUUUAUAUAAAAAAAUUCAAAAACCCAAUAUUUUCAUAUUUGUGUAAUUCAUCAAAAUCGAUUUAAAGGCCACAGCCUAGGCGCGCCAGCCAAAAACUGUGUGAUGGAUUGGCAGCUUCCGAAAUUUAUUGAUUUAGUAAUAUGGGGACAUGAGCAUGAUAGCUAUCCUGAAGUCAGAACUCCUGACGGUGCUGGAUAUGUGAUUCUGCAGCCAGGUUCAACUGUAGCUACAUCUUUAACUGAAGGGGAAGCCCUUCAAAAGCAUAUGUUUUUACUUGAAGUAAAAAAUCUUGGCUAUCGACACCGUGGAAUCCCAAUUGCAAACACAAGACCGAUUCUAUACAAACAAAUUGAGCUAGAUUCUAUGUGUAGCAAUGCUCUAGAAGCUGAAGAAUUUUUAACACAAAUUUUCAAUGAAAUGCUAGCUGAAACUCCAGCAAGUCCUUUAAUGCCACCUCUUGCGAGAAUUAAGGUAGAAUGCAGCGGUUUCGAGGAAUUGAGAGUUUUUCACCUUAAUUCAAUUUUUUCUGAAAAAGUAGCUAACAAAGAUGUGAUUUGCACUUGGAAAAAGGCCCAUGCUUCUCAAGAUACUUCAAAGGUAGUCCAAACCAAUUCAGGCUAUGGAGAUAUUUUACAAAUUUUAGAAGAAGAUGCAAAUGAGUUAAAUGAUGGAUGUUCAGUUUUCCAUCCUGAAGAGUUUGUAGAAUAUACUCGCAAUGUAGCUUUAAAAGGAGACAAUAAAGCGCUAGAACAUCUAUUUGACGCGAAAAAACAAAUGGCUAUAAAUUUAUUAAAUACACUAAUACCACAAGAAUAUGAUGAAUUAGCUAUGGAUCGAUUAAUAUCUAAUUUAGAUAUAAAAAACUCUGAACCUACCUUCAAAAGACAAGCAUCCCCUAAGACGUCCUCGAAAAAAUCUGGGAAAAAAAUUAAAAACACUUAA